AUGAGCACCACCACUGGCCCAGCAGCUGCACCCAAGCCAAGUGCCAAGUCUAUCUAUGAGCAGAGGAAGCGUUACUCCACUGUGGUUAUGGCCGAUGUAUCCCAGUAUCCAGUCAAUCACCUGGUGACGUUCUGCCUGGGCGAAGAGGAUGGCGUGCACACCGUGGAAGAUGCCUCAAGGAAGCUGGCCGUCAUGGACAGCCAGGGCCGGGUCUGGGCACAGGAGAUGCUGCUGCGAGUGUCCACUGACCAUGUCACACUGCUCGACUCUGUUUCCAAGGAGGAGCUGGAGUCGUACCCGCUGGGCGCCAUCGUGCGCUGCGACGCAGUGAUGCCACCCGGCCGGAGCCGCUCGCUGCUGCUACUCGUGUGCCAGGAGCCCGAGCGCGCGCAGCCGGACGUGCACUUCUUCCAGGGCCUGCGCCUCGGGGCGGAGCUGAUCCGAGAGGACAUCCAGGGGGCUCUGCACAAUUACCGAUCGGGUCGUGGGGAGCGCAGGGCGGCGGCGCUCAGGGCCACGCAGGAGGAGUUGCAGCGCAGCCCCUCGCCCGCCGCCGAGACCCCACCCCUGCAGCGCCGCCCGUCGGUUCGCGCUGUAAUCAGCACAGUGGAAGCGGGCGCCGGCCGCCCCCAGGCGGAGCCCAUCCCCGAGGCAGAGGAGGCGCGGAGGCCCGCCGUAGAGGGCACGUCGAGCAGAGCUGACCCGGCCUCCCCGGACCUGGGACCCCGGGGUCCUGACCUGGCCAGUCUGCAGGCUGAGCGGGAUGUGGACAUCCUGAACCACGUGUUUGACGACGUGGAGAGCUUCGUAUCAAAGCUGCAGAAGUCGGCGGAGGCGGCCCGCGUGCUGGAGCACCGGGAGCGCGGCCGCAGGACCCGGCGCCGGGAGGCCGGUGAGGGUCUGCUGACGCUGCGGGCCAAGCCUCCCUCGGAGGCCGAGUACACCGACGUGCUUCAGAAAAUCAAGUACGCCUUCAGCCUGCUGGCCCGACUGCGCAGCAACAUCGCCAACCCCUCCUCCCCGGAGCUGCUGCACUUCCUGUUCGGACCUCUGCAGAUGAUCGUGAACACCUCGGGCGGCCCCGAGUUCGCGAGAGGCGUGCGGCUGCCACACCUGACGUCCGAGGCCGUGGCGCUGCUGCGGGACAAUGUAACUCCACGUGAAAACGCCCUCUGGACCUCGCUGGGGGACUCCUGGACCCGCCCAGGGGUGGAGCUGCCCCUGGAGGAAGGACCCCCAUACAGCCCUGAGUUCUCCAGCGGCUGGGAGCCUCCGGCCACUGACCCACAGGGUCGCCCCUGGGAGGACCCAGUGGAGAAACAGCUACAGCACGAGCGGCGGCGCCGGCAGCAAAGCGCUCCCCAGGUCGCUGUCAAUGGUCACCAAGAUCCAGAGCAAGAAUCUGAGCCCCAUUGCGAGCCAGAGCCAGCAGGAAAGUGGGUCCUGUGUAAUUAUGACUUCCAGGCCCGCAACAGCAGUGAGUUGUCAGUCAAGCAACAGGACGUGUUGGAGGUCCUGGAUGACAAGCGGAAAUGGUGGAAGGUUCGGGACCAAAAGGGGCAGGAGGGAUAUGUACCCUAUAAUAUCUUGACACCCCAUCCCGGAACCCAGGUGAACCGCGGCCAAAGCCCUGCCCGCAGCAUGGAAAAUAGCACUCCCCCUCCCUCACGAGCCCUGGCCUCAGCUCCUGCUCAGGUUCGGCCCCACUGGGACAGCUGCGAUUGCCUCAACUUAAACCCCAGUGAGAAAGAGAAAUUCUGCCAGAUGCUCAGUGUCAGCGAGGAGCUGCAGGCGCGCCUGGCCCAGGGCCGCUCGGGUCCCAGCCGCGCAGCCCUGGGAGCCCGCGCACCGGAGCCGCAGCUCAGCCCGCGUUCAAGUGCCUCGGAGGUCCGCGCCUGGCUGCAAGCCAAGGGCUUUAGCUCGGGGACUGUGGACGCGCUGGGCGUGCUGACCGGCGCGCAGCUUUUCUCUCUGCAAAAGGAGGAGUUGCGGGCGGUAAGCCCGGAGGAGGGGGCGCGUGUGUACAGCCAGGUCACGGUGCAGCGCGCGCUGCUGGAGGACAAAGAGAACGUGUCAGAGCUGGAGGCAGUGAUGAAGAAGCAAAAGAAGAAGGUGGAAGGCAAGAUGGAAAUAGAGGUCAUUUGACCCUUCCUAGCCCCUUCGCAAAAAGUGAAGAGAAAGCGGGUUUCCCAGUGCUCUGUGGGAGAACAGACUCUUCAGACUCCCCCCACCAAUGGGAGGAGACCCCUUGAAGGAUCGCCAACCCGUUUAGGCCCUGGUCUUCCCCCUUCCCCUUCCCGGUAUACAGACUGAACAAUCUUGCUGGAGUCUCUCCAGAGUGAAAAUGGACUGGGAGUGUGGAGAAGGCAGGGCACAGAGACAAUUUACAGAAAGCGCUUACUGCGCGCCCAGGGAGAAGGCACACGCCGGGAGAGGGCGCACUCAGGAGCCCUGUGCAUUGUAAUAUGCUAACCAGUCUAUAAACAGCCGCCUCUUAGCAA